AUGGCCGACGACGCGCCAUUCUACGCGCCGGCGUACAGCCAUGCACUUCCCGCCAUCGAGGCGAUCCGCAAACGUCUCCCCCACUUCUCCUCACCGGUCCUGCGUGUUCAGCGCGUCGGACAAUUGGACGCGGAGCUGCUUGACCAGGAGCUAACGGAUCUGCUCGCGGAGCCGGUGAAGACGGCGCUGCGCAAUGUGGCGCCGUCGAUGGAUACGCAGUACGCCGACGAAAUUUACGUGCUCCUGCGCGUUGUGCUGUAUAAAUUUAGUAUCUAUGAUCGAAGCGCGUCCUACGGAGCGAUGCUCCAGAACCUGAAAUUCCGCAACGAAUGGGCGCACCGCUCCGGACUGCAGUCCACCGCCGUCGACGCGCCCCUGCGUGGGCUACAGCUUGUGCUCUACCCCUUUGCUACCAUCCUAUUUCCCUACCUGUACCGUAAAUCAAAAGCGUACAUGCGCGAGUAUGGCUACGACAAUGCGCCCGCCGAUGCGCCGGAGUUUGUAGCGUGGUCGAUUGCCGAGCAAGGACAACGUGCGUGGAAUAUCUUGUCGUUCGUCAACUUUGCCUUGUUCUUAUGGAACGGAAGGUACCGCACGAUUGCUGCGCGCAUGCUCGGCAUGCGUCUUGUAUACGCAAACCGGACACUGAACCGCAAUGUCUCGUUCGAGUUCCUCAACCGGCAGCUCGUCUGGAAUGCAUUCACCGAGUUUCUCCUUUUUCUCCUCCCGCUCAUCCGGCCGCGGUGGCUUAUGCGCCGCUUGCUGCGGCUGCCAACACACCCCACGGUGCUCGCCGCACUGCACCGCACGCUCCCAACGAGCGUGGCACAGCGCAUGGGCCUUCACUACGACCCUGCGAGCCAGCGCACCCGUCUGCGUCGUACGAGCGUGCGGAAAAAGCACGGCAAGUAUUACAAUUUGCCCGACGCGUGCUGUGCGAUCUGCUUUGCGCGACUGGAGCGUGCAGCAGGCGUAGAUGUCCACGUCGACGCCCAGGCCGAGGAAUUGCCGCACGUUUCGAUUCCUAAUGUCGACCCUCUGCACCCCAGCAAAGGACUCGUUGCGCAGCGCCACCUUCGCGAAACGGAGUCGUCUGCGCCUGCAGCUGUCGCAUCGGCUGUGCAGCAGCGUGCCGCACAGCGUGCUACAAAACUCGAGGCGAUCCGCGCUGCGAAACGACAUGGCAAGCACGGCGAAACACACCGCCCGAGCCUCUUGAUGGCCUCGCCGAACGGCAUCAAGUACCUCGAUGCAUUGGCCACCACGCCCUAUCGAACGCUGCCAUGUGCUGACGAAGGAAAGCAUUGCACGUACUGCUACUAUUGCAUUGCAGAAAAACUGCUCGCGGAAUCCAUGGACGACGCACUGCAGGAAGCAGGAGGAUGGGAAUGUCUGCGGUGCGCGACAAGAGUAUGGGGCGCAGAGCGCGCAGAUGAUUUGCCAAUAGAGGGUAUAUAG